GUGUUUUAUGUGUUAGAGUCUGCUACUUUACACACUAACAAAAACAUAAUGGCAUCUGCUGGCAUUCAGAUUUUGGCCAUUGCCCUCGCGGUCAUCGGCUGGUUGGGAGACAUCAUUAUCUGCGCGCUCCCCAUGUGGAAGGUGACGGCGUUUAUUGGCACCAACAUCGUGACCGCACAGAUCUUCUGGGAAGGCCUCUGGAUGAACUGCGUGCAGCAGAGCACGGGUCAGAUGCAGUGCAAGGUCUACGACUCCAUGCUGGCGCUGCCCCAAGAUCUCCAGGCAGCUCGAGCGCUUGUUAUCAUCUCCAUUCUCGUGACCUUUUUGGGAGUUCUCCUGGCCGUCGCUGGAGGCAAGUGCACCAACUGCAUUGACGAACGGGACGCGAAGGCUAAAGUGGGGGUCGCGGCCGGCGUCUUCUUCCUGGUGGGGGGCGUUCUGUGCCUGAUCCCGGUCUGCUGGUGUGCACACACCGUCAUCAGAGACUUCUACAACCCCGUUCUCGCUGAGGCUCAGAAGCGGGAGCUGGGGGCGUCGCUGUUCAUCGGCUGGGGCGCGUCUGGCCUGCUGAUCAUCGGGGGUGCGCUUCUCUGUUGCCAGUGCCCAAAGAGCGACGGUCGUGGUUAUUCCGUGAAAUACUCCGCUCCGAGGUCUGCUCCAGGAGCCUAUGUGUGAGACCCAGACUGUCUUGACCGAAGUUAAUUCUCCUGUUUGUGAAGGAAGAGAUUUGAAUUUUUAUUUUUAACUACUUGGUCUUGCGUGACUAUUUUAAUUUAAU